UUGGUGCUUGACCGAGAAUACGAGACCAGCUCCACCGGUGAGGACAGCGCGCAGGACAGCCAGCGCAGCCGCAUACCCGCCAAGCACAACAGCCAAGUUAACGUUAAUGGAAGCAUCUAUGUGGCCCAGAACGGCUCCAUCAUUCGCACACGCCGAUCGGUGAACACGACAGGGCCCACAACCACCUCAAACAACAACACCAAACUGAGCUCUCCCGUCUUCAGCUCUCGGCUGGCCAAGCACUUUAAAAAACUGGACAAAAUGGCAGCCACGCUGGAGGAGAGAGCCCCCCUGAGCUGCCCCAGAAAGACAGUGGAAGCUGGAUCCAGCACGUUGCACACCUUCCAAAGUUUCAGAAAGGUCAACUCCAUGACAGCUGCUUCCUCUUUCUGUAACUCUGACAACAACAAAAUGUCCGAUGUCUUAAAUUCUCGACAAUCCAGCGCGUCUUUGGGGUCAACCAGCAACAGCAUCGCGGGCCCGGAAGGCUCAGCGUCCAAGCCUGACCUUCUCAGGGCAGCUUGCAACACCAUGGAGCGAGGAGAGAGCACAGAAGAGAGCGAUGAGUUGAAAGGAGAGAGCGAGUCGAGGAUCGACGACAGCAGCACCGAGGUGGUUGGCAGAGAGCCGCUGGAGUGCCAGAGUGACAGGACACAGUCGGAUGAGGAAGAGCUGUGGAUGGGGCCGUGGAACAGCCUCCACAUACCCAUGACCAAGCUCUGA